AUGGCUGUUUCAUCGCGUGAAGAGUAUGUAUACAUGGCGAAGCUCGCUGAGCAGGCGGAGAGGUACGAAGAGAUGGUGGAGUUCAUGGAGAAAGUCUCCGCCGCCGCAGAUGGCAGCGAGAUCACCGUCGAGGAGCGAAACCUCCUCUCCGUCGCUUACAAGAACGUGAUCGGCGCCCGCCGUGCCUCGUGGAGGAUCAUCUCCUCGAUCGAGCAGAAGGAAGAGAGCCGCGGCAACGUUGACCACGUCAACACGAUCCGCGAUUACAAGACGAAGAUCGAGUCGGAGCUUUCCGGGAUCUGCGACGGGAUCCUCAAGCUGCUCGAAUCCACGCUCAUCCCUUCCGCUGCUUCUGAGGAUUCCAAGGUCUUCUACCUCAAGAUGAAGGGCGAUUACUUCAGGUACUUGGCCGAGUUUAAGAUCGGCGCCGAGAGAGAAGCCGCCGCCGAUAGCACCCUCUCUGCCUACGAGUCUGCUCAGGAAAAUGCAAAGGGACUCGCUCCAACACACCCAAUCCGUCUUGGUCUGGCAUUGAACUUCUCUGUGUUCUAUUACGAGAUCCUCAAUUCUCCUGACCGUGCCUGCAACCUUGCUAAAACGGCUUUUGAUGCUGCCAUUGCUGAGUUAGACACACUAGGGGAAGAGUCCUACAAGGAUAGCACUUUAAUCAUGCAGCUUCUCCGUGACAAUCUCACUCUCUGGACAUCCGACAUGGAGGAUGAAUCUGCAAAUGAGAUCAAGGAAGCAGCAGCUCCAAAGCCAACUGAGGAGCAGAAAUGA